AUGGCAGAUCGAUAUCCUCAAAAGAAGUCAUCUGAACCUGAGAAGCUCGACUUUUUAGGUGACGUGAGUAUGAAGAAACAGUCCAGUGAACUGAGUAUGAAGAGACAGUUUAGUAAACCGGAGGUGGUAUAUGCAAGUGAUGAUCAUACAGAUGUUUUGAAAGGGAAUGAUCAUAUUUCUUAUUUCGGUGAUGUGCGGACUGGAAAACAAUCUAAAAGCCCUGUUGGGGGUUCUUUUGUUGGUGAUGGUAAGAUCCAUCAAGGCACAGAGGGAAUGAAUUCUUAUGGAAAUGCAGCUGUGAUUUUUGAUGACUCUGGUUCUGAUGGCGAUAACUGUGAAUUUUAUGUAGAGGAGGACUACAAGGGACAAGAAUUUAGUUUAAAAUUUUCUUCUCCCGGUGGAAAUUCAUCCUCAAUUCCUUUGGAUAAUUUAAAUGCUUGGAGCUCUGAACGAAGGAGUGAUGAAGUAUAA